CUUGUAGCUCUCGUUGUUUGUUAGCUGUCAGUCUGCGGAGCGGAGCGAUGCCAGCCAUCUGACCGCGGGACUGAGGGAAACACUGGGUUUAUAAAUUGUCACUUGUCCUCUGGAAUGAGGUCUGGAACCAGCCACGAGCAAUAACAAGAGCCAUGGUGACCAAGAAGAUCCGGACGGAGUACAUGAAGAAGUUCAGAGAUCCCCGAUGGGACACGUUCUCUAAAUGCUACGAGGACUCCCUGAAGUACCGUCUAACCCGGCGAGUGAUUGAGCAUUCCCACAAGCCCUGGUUCUGGGAGGGUUGGGACAGCAGCUCCGAAUCCAGUGGAUUGUCCACUCCAAGGCUGACCAGAAACAAAGUGGCCCCCCUGUCCCUUCCACCACCGACGCCGUCGGAGGGGAAGCUGAGGCAGGCCAGCCCUGCACCAAAAAAGCCCAGUGAGAGCGUGGAUGCUGAGGAGGGGGUGAAGGAGGAGGCAGAGAUAGACGCUGCAUCGCCUACAGUGUUAGAAGACGGCGUGAAAGAAGCAAGCGUGAAUUCAUUGGAGGCAGCUCCUCCCACCAGCAGACCCUCAGACGACACAGGGACGGACAACGGUCCUGCCGACACGCAGUCUUCUGACGGGGAGCCGGUAAACCCGCCACAGAGGCAACGUCAUCGCCGCCGCACCCCUCGGUCCAAGCCCAGGCACCGUGACAGCUCCCAUGACGACACACCGGCCGUCAUCCACAAACCCCCAAGAGCCAAGAGCCAGCCAGCUAUCAGCACCAUCACCAAGGAGAACCGGAGACCGUCCAGCAGACUGGACUUGACCGAGAGACAGACGGAGGUCAGGAGGACACCGAAUGAUAGCAACACGUCCGACGCCUGUGUCCAGACCCGCAGACAGUCCAACAAGCGGGGCUCAAACCAGGACCGUCGGCGGGCUCAAUCAGCCGACCUGGAGAAGAUGAGGCGGUCGCAGCUCACGGUGGUGGAUGACCGCUGGAUGACAGAGUAUAUGCGCUGCUUCUCCGCCCGGCUGAGGUAGAAACAGGAUCCUCCGCCCCAUCAGACCCCUGAAAAAAAACAACAUGUUUCCAUACAGAGCAAAUAUCAGACAGAGGAACAGGGGGUUUGUUGAGCUGAAAAAAAACAAGAAAAACUGCCAGUGUGGUUACAGUCCAUCAAAUGAAAACACCUGUUUGGUUUCACUAUUAGUCUUCAGAGUGGCAGACAGAUAGAGUCAAGAAGUGGGCCGAAAAAUUCAGCUUAAACUUUGCAACAGAGAAUCAUACAGUAUUAUGUUUCAUAGAAGUUUACAUUAAUUCCCCUGAAAUCUCACCUUCCAUCCUUCUAACGUCACUGAACUCAAACAUGUCUUUAUUUUAGAUAGCAGUCACUUUGAGCUUUCCAUUAGCAGCUUCUAACCUCACUGCACUUUGAACUUUUGAUGAUUGGUUAUCAUGCACAGAGUCUGGAAUAGUGCUGUAAUAAUUGAAUUAAAGGGGUCACUGGGAGAGACAAACCUACAGAGAAUUAACUGCUGCUUCGUUUGGCUUCAUAGUGACCUUUAUUUAUUAUUUAUUUAUUUAUUUAUUUAACCUUUAUUUUACCAGGCAGAAUUGCUUGAGAUCAAAUGACCUCUUUUUCGAGCAAGGCCUGGCCAAAAUAAUUCAAUGUGAUGCUUCACUUUCAACACUUUUUGAGCAUUGCUUUAAAAGAAGACGUGAAAACCCAUUUUACAGCUGCUCAUCACCAAACAGAAAAGCUGAAGAUCAGUUUGUAAACAUAGUGUAGCUUAAGACACCGUGCAGGUUGUGAAACUACAAUUGAGUGAAUAUUGGACUUCUUACCUGGUCUACACAGAAACAGUGAAAAUAAGUGAUGUAAACUUUCCCCUCUUGUUUGCUGCCUUCGAGUGGCCAAAUAAAUCAGGUGAACAAGAUCUUUUCCCCCCAGCUCUUAAAUGAAAGUCAUCCAGACACAAAACAAACAGGACUGUAACUCAAACUUGAUGACCUGAAAUAAACCUGCCCACUUCUUGACUUUGCCCACUCAGCAUUCCUUCUUUGAAGAUGUUCUUUAUAAUGAUGUAACGAGACGACGGUAUUCUUGUUGAGUCAGCUUUUCUCAGAGAAUGACUGCUGUCAAGAGAAAACAAAACACCAACUCUGUCUUUUAAAUAGAAACUUUAAUUUAAAAUAUCAUUUAUUUGCAGACUUUAAUGUAACUGUAUGUCCUCACUUUAGAAAUGUACAACAGAAAUAGUCCUGAAACCGCUGCUACUUCCCAGCUGACACAUCUAAACCAAGCCUGAAUUAAGACUGUUAAGUACUCAUGUAUGAGUGAUGUCAUACACUCUCUAAGUUAUGUUAUUAUGAUCAAACUUCAUAGAUUUAACUCUUUUUAAGAUUUUAUAACAAGAAAAAAAAACAUCCAGAUAAAUAUUUGAAUGUAUUUUAGUUUCUGAGCAUGAAACAUCUGCUGCUGGGCUUUAUUUGUCCAUUUCAUCAUCUUCUUUUUUCUUUCUCAAAAGGCAGCUGUGUUUCCAUUUUAUAUCUCAAAGGCAGCAGAAAGGACCAAACUGAUGUAUUUUUGAUAUUUGACUAUUUUGGAUGCAAAGAUUUGACAUUUAGAUUAGAGUAAUCUAUAAAAACAGAAGAUUUAUUAAAAAGAAACACUAGUAUUUCAGAUAUUUUGAGAGUUAAAUGUAUUUAAAGCUGUACUAUAUUGAUAAGAAGCUCAGAGUUGAGUUUGUUUUUGCAGCUUUGGAACUUUAAGAUGCAGCUUCAUGAAUAUAAAAUCACUUAAAAGGCUAACACGGUGCUUUUCUCUAUAAACGGCUGUGCUAACGUCGAAACUUUCUUUAAGUAUUAAUUGUAAUUUAAAAAAAAAAAGAUUUGGGCCUUAAGGCCGUCAUCAACAGUGACUUUCUGGAUCAACUUCUUUUACAAGUCUGUCAUUUCCAGAUUCAACCAUUUGUUUUUAUUUCUAAUAAACUUCAAUAUUUCUCACAUUUGUAAAAACAUUUUUAUUUUAAAUUGUUAUGCUAAAUAAUCAUCAUGGUCUUUAACUGCUACUCAUUUAUAAUAAAGAACACUUUUAUUUUUAAUGAGUAAGUAAAUAACAAUUUUCUUCUUUACGAAAAUCUUCAUUCAGAAAAUGAAUUCAGAAAUAUUGUGGAAUGAGGCGCAGGCGUUCAAAUCCGACCUGUGGCUACUUUCCAGCAUGUCAUUCCCCACUCUCUCUCUGUCACUGAUUACUGACUCUAUCCACUGUCCUAUCUCUACAACAAACACCAAAUAUAAAUCUAAAAAACAAAAAAGAAAUAUUGUGGAAUAACAGCCCCUUAAUAUAAAGCAUCAUAAAAAAACCCUCUCUGUUUGAGGUUUAACCUACCUUCAAAGAGACAAUGUUUACAACCACUAGAGAACGCAUUUUAAUGUCUUCAAACAUAUGAUUUAUAACUCAUCUGUUCUGUUUCUCUUAAAUCAAACUGGCUCAUUUAUAAAAUGUGAUAAAUAUGGCUGAACAUCUUUAAUGAACAUGAAAAGAAUAGACAGUAGUAAACAGUAAUAGAGAAGACAGAUUGUGAGGCUGUACGUAGGCCUUUAUUAUGACUUCAAAUGAAACCAAAACGUUUUGAGAAAUGACAGACUUAGAAAAGAAAGGUUUUCACUCAAGACUCUGAAAGUAGUUUCAGUUUGGUGUUUAUGUCCCCUGAUGGGAUUUAGUCAACUAAAGUUCAUACGUCCAUACAUGUGAACAUAUUUCAGCUCCUUGUUACUUGUUAAAUUGUUUCCAUCCAGUUCACCUGACAGUCAUAGUGAGGACUGAACGUUUGUGUUGUUUCACCAGUAUUCUGAUUGUUUGAUGAAACUAAAGAUUGCAUCUAUGUGUUGAUGAUGUCAUGGUGAAUUAAACUGAGGGCUAUUGUUAUUAUUACGUACAUUUUCUGAUUAUACUGAACAUCUGAAUGACUUUAAACUCACUGAGAAUGUUUCUUGAUCUUCACACACCGGCUGAACCUCAUCACUUACUCUUUUCUGUGUUCUUUGGAUUUCACUCCACACAUGUAGACAUUUUGUUUUGUUACACGGUUCAGUCUAAAACAAUGAAGUACUGUAAUGAUGAACACCUCAUGCAUAUCUGUAAGUGUUUACUUUAAUAUAUUUGUCUACUGACACGUUUGACUAAAACUGAUGUUUUUAAAACCUUCUCUUAACAUUUCAGGGUUUUUUUUUCAUCUGUAAGAAUGUGACAUAUCUGCACAAAUGAUCCAAAAGAUUUGAAAUCCCUUUAGAAGUUAAAAAGAAGUCUUGAUAGGAAGUGUGUAAGAGAGAUGCUGGCAUUUAACAGGGAAGACUCAAAAGAAGAGGUUCAUAUGUUGUCAUGUUUUUGGAGGUUUUGUGCUGUGUUUUGAAUUAUUCAGAUGCCUCAUGAGAACAGUUUGAAGAGUUGAAACGUGCAGACAAUCACAGGAAUAUAUUGUUACUGAGUAGAAAACCCCAUAUUUAAAAAUAGAAGCUAUGACGUGAGGAGUUUGUGAAAUGCUCUGUUGAAGGUGAUUUAUAUUUUCUUGCUGUGGCUCUUUAAUGACAGAAUGUGAUAUUAAAAAAAAAAAGAUGCAUUGUAUGUUUUGAAUAUUUAAUCAGAUUUUAUUCCUUAACCAGGCUUGUUUACAACAUUUUUGCUCACUGUAUUUGUAUUUGAAAACAUGCACAACUUCUAUAUUUUCUUCCACUUUGCUGUGAAUAAAUCAUACUUGAAUAAAAGUCUAUUUGAAUGGUU